GACUUAGCGAAAGGAAUCGCUUUUCAGAUCCCUCUGUGGGGAGAGAGGGAGGGAGUCAGCCCUUGGCCAAGUUCCCUCCACUUUCCCCUUGAUUAUUUUCAUUCUGAUGUUGGCUCUUAACGUGCUUUGGGCAGUGUCUGGGGAAACAAAAGAAAACGAGAAAGUAUGCGACCAUGAAGCGAAUGCUCAGUCUCAGAGAUCAGAGGCUUAAAGAAAAGGAUAGAUUAAAACCUAAAAAGAAAGAAAAGAAAGAUCCUAGCACGCUGAAGGAAAGAGACGUCCCCCAACACAAUUCCUGCUUAUUCUUUCAAUAUAAUACACAGCUGGGUCCACCUUACCACAUCCUGGUUGAUACCAACUUUAUCAACUUUUCCAUUAAAGCCAAACUGGACUUAGUGCAGUCGAUGAUGGACUGUCUGUAUGCCAAGUGUAUCCCUUGUAUAACUGACUGUGUAAUGGCUGAAAUUGAAAAAUUGGGGCAAAAGUAUCGAGUGGCUCUAAGGAUUGCUAAGGAUCCAAGAUUUGAACGAUUACCAUGCACACAUAAAGGAACCUAUGCAGAUGACUGCUUAGUACAGAGAGUAACUCAGCACAAGUGUUACAUCGUGGCCACAGUUGACCGAGACCUUAAACGAAGAAUCCGGAAGAUCCCAGGAGUUCCUAUCAUGUACAUUUCUAAUCAUAGAUACAACAUUGAGCGGAUGCCAGAUGAUUAUGGAGCCCCUCGGUUCUAAUUAUUAAAAGACAAAGUUCCUCUGCCUUUCUUUGACCAAAUAUCUCUGUUGCCAGUUCAUUAAACAUGCUGUUUGUCAUGAAUUAUUUCUCUGUCCACCUAUGUGCUGUGUAAUGAGCUGAGUAUGGUCAAGUACAUUUACUUUUCAAUGCUGUUUUGAAAAUGUUUGUUUCAUUUAAAAACUUGUAUCUUUUUAUUUUUUAAACUCAUUGCAUUUUUUUAUAAAUCAGAUGUUUAGAUGAUUGCUUACA